CACUCCAACAUCCCGCCGGUUCGUGGCAUUUCAAUUCAAUUCAAUUUCAAUUGCCAAGCCCCACGGAUGCUGCGCGGAUGAGAGCUCCAAACAUAAAAAUCCCGAAACUCGCGAACGAAAACACCCAAAUAUAUCCAGCCAACUCGCGGUUAUCAGAGAGUGCAUUCCGGCCAAGUCCAGAGCAGAGAAUUUAUUUAUUUACUUUUUUUUGUGAGUGAUUUGCAGUGACGCGUUAUUUGUGCCAAACAGUUACAUACGUUCCAGGACCUCCUUACCAGAACGCUUCUUUCACACCAAAACCGAUUUAGCAGCGAUGGCCGGAGCCGGAGACGGAGCCGGAGUCCCCAAGGAGGCCAGAGCCACGUGCGCGCGGCUUUUGUACGAUAUCCUGAAUCAGGAGGCCCCGCAGCAACAUUAGCGGUCUCAGCAGUGCCGUUAUCGUAAUAUAAUUCGCAUAGUUCCGGAAUUGUGGGCUUGGAUCGCGUACCGUUAAUCGUGGAGUGACUUGAAUAAUAUAUUCCAAAAAAACUGUAAAAAAAAACAAUAAUAUAGCCUAGUGGUAGGCGUUGAACUUGGCCAACAAGUUGGUAGUGUCCAGAAUUUUUGGGAAGCAUCAGCAUCCGGCGCGACUAAAAUAAAGAAACAGGAACACCGAAAGCGACAACACAUCCGAGGCUCGUAAAGGGGAGCGACAUUUUAUGACGGUCGCAUAAUAACAGUAGAGUACAGUACAGUACAGCGAGCCAAAAACUGUAAACCGGUAAACGGUGAACGGUAAACGUUUCACACAGGACACCCACAUCCAUACAAUACAUACAUACAAACAUAUCCUGGCCAAAAAGGACGAUGCAAAUUACGUGGCAUAUGAAGCGUCAAAGCGUUUGAUUCGAUUGUCAAGCGCCACUCUGCACCGCCAGCCUCCAUUUCCAUUUCCAUAUCCAUUCGGCUGCAAUCUGCCACACCGCACACACUGCCUCAAGCAGAUUGAUUGAUUGAUUGAUUGGUUGGCUGAUUGAUUGAUUGAUUAAACGAGUGAUUGACCAAAUAGAGUAAAGAAAACAAUGAACAAGAAGUCGCCACUGCCGCUGGCGGCUUUUCUCAGCAACGACGGUAGCGGCCCCAGCAACAACACUCCCGCCAGCGGCAGCAGCGGUGUUGCAACAUCAGCUGCAGCAGCAGCAGCAGCAGCGGCAGCCCAAAACGGUGCCAGCAGUCGUAGUGGACGCAGCGGAAUGUCCUCCAGCUCGGGCGCCAGCGGCUCAUCGAAGCAGUCCGCCGAGAAGCAGGCCGGCCGGGAGGGCGGCGAGGGUGGCAGCCUCUGUGGAUGCCGCAAGGCACCCAAGUCGCACUGCAUAUCAGCCACAGGCGUCCUCUUGCUAGUUCUUCUCUACACGGCCAUGGGAUCUAUUGUGUUUGUGACUCUGGAGGGGGAACUGGAGGACGGCAGUGCUCUGGAAACGGCAGUGGCUGCCUCGAAGCCCUAUCCCCGCACCGAACUGGCCAACGCAGAGAUACGAUCAAGAACUGUCGACCGGCUGUGGUCGAUAACGGAGGACCUGAACAUCCUUUACAAGGAGAAUUGGACGCGACUCGCCGCCCAGGAAGUUCAGCUCUUUCAGGACACUCUACUGCGAGCUGUGCGACAGUCGAAGGUUUAUCCGCCCGGUGGCAUACAGAUGAAUGCACCCACCCACAAAUGGACCUACGCCUCGGCCUUUCUCUACUCCCUGACAUUAAUUACGACGAUAGGCUUCGGCGGCGUCUCCCCUCGCACCCAGUGGGGUCGUGUGGCUGCCCUGGUGUACGCCCUGUUUGGAAUACCGAUUGUCCUGCUCUAUUUGUCCGCCAUGGGCGAGGCGUUGUCGGCCGGAAUGCGUUGCCUGUUCCGUCGCCAAAAGGUCAAAGGCGGGCCGGGGGGCAGUGGCGGCGGUGUUGCCGGAUCCGGAGGCGCCUCGGGCUCAUCCAGCGGCAUUAAUGGCAGCGGCGGUGGUAUCGGUGUCGGUGGCGGCAGCGGAAACGGACGGAAACAGGACAAGGCAAAACAAGGACAGGGACAAGGACAUGGGCAGGGGCACUACAGCCACCAGAAGUACAUCUACCAGCAGCAACAGGCGGCGGCGGCAGCGGCGGCGCAACAGCAACAGGCCCAGGACAAGAAGUCGAACGAACGACGCAAUUCUCCCAGUGUACCCAUCUCGAUAUGUGUGUGUGUGCUGCUCUGCUAUGUGAGCAGUGGUGCGAUUCUGUUUCACAAGCUGCAGAACUGGAGUGUCCUGGAGUCCUUGUACUUCUGCUUCACGUCACUGGGCACCAUCGGCUUUGGCGAACUGGCACCAAAGGGAACUCUGGCUCUGUACACCGCCUCCGCUUACAUCCUGGUGGGCAUGGCCGUGGUGGCCAUGUGCUUCAGCCUAAUCCAGACCGAGAUUGUCGUUUGGCUGCGUCGCUUCAGUGUCCAGGAUCAUGUGAUGCCCAAGGCCGAGGAGGUGGCUCUCGUUUCCGUGACUGUCACACCGAAGUCCUCCUGACAGCGACCCAGUGCGGAUCCUGGUGCAGGACCGCUGGGCAUGCAGCCCAAUAGCUUGGCCCAACAUCAGACCAUGUUCUUCGGCCCGGCCCACACCCUCACCCAGUACAGCUCCCUGCCCCGACGCAGUCAUCUGGCCGGUUCCGGCAUGGGCAUGGGCAUGGGAAUGGGCAUGGGCAUGGGGGCUGGUGGCUUGAAUGCCGGAGGUGGAGCCUUCCAGCGGAACACACCCAUACGUCGGUCGACUGGCAUACCGGAGCAUCAUCUCGAGUACUUUGUGCCGCGCAGCAUCAGCGAGUUUAAUCUCUCCGGAGUGGGGGAUCUGGCCCUGCCGCCGCCACGACGCUUCUCACCCAACAUGGGCGGCGGCGGCGCCACUGGCGGAGGAGGAGGAGGAGGCUAUAACAUGAACAUGGGCGGCGGCAUGAAUAUGGGCAUGAACAUGGGCCUGGGCCUGCCGCACGGCCUCCAGCUGGGUCCGCCCCAGACACUGCUCUGCUCGGCGGCCACCUCGGCCCAGGCCCAGGUCCAGGCCCAGGUACCGCCACCGCCGCCGGCUCAGCUCCAGAUCAUGACGUUGAAGCCGCGCAGCGAAAAGAUGGUCACCUUCGAGGAUGAAUCCAAGCCGAACUCGGCCAGCGGCUCGGGCGCCACAGUGACUCCCGUGUCUGUCACCUGCCCCCACGGAGUGCCGACCACGCCGCGGAAGUCGGGCGACAUCUUCAUGUGACCGGGAGCCGGAAACGGGAACGGGAACGGGAACGGGGAUGAGGCCGCCGACCUGAACGCGGCCAUGCGCCUGAGGGACAGCAUCGACGAUGCCCUCUGCCCGAAAACGGGCCCAGCACCAGGUGAAGUGAUACGAGUCUAAGAUCUUGAGGUGGUAAGAUCUGAAAGGAAAGGGGUGGAAAGUGAGAGGAGUUACUAAAGCAUACACUGUAAAAAAAAUCUUGCACACAAAUCUAAUAACUUCAUGGCAGCUGGAGUGGUUUUUUUUGUUUUUUUGUCUGUCAGUACGAGAGUAGAAGUCAAAUAUUUAUUUAUUAUUACUAUUAUGAGUGUAAAUAGAAGUGACAACCACAAGUGACAACAACUAGAGUUGGGCGAGUGAAUUAAAAUUAAAAUUAAAAUUAAAAUUCGUAAUGAUAAACGCAUGAAUAAUUGAAAUCAUUUCGGCGGUUUAAGGCCCGGAUCUGAUGCCGUGAAUUCACAAAUUCAGAAAUUGAGAAAAUACUGAAAAUUCAGAAAAUUAAUAAAUACAAAGACAAACAAACAAAAACAUACAUUGAACUAUGAAUAAUAAAUAGGGGGCGUGCCAUUAAAGGCGGAGGGCGGGGAUGGGGAGGGCGUGCCAUUGAAGGCGAAUGGGCGUGGCUAGUGCAAACAAAAUGCAAAUGAAAAUGAAAAUGAAAAUGAAAAUGACAAAUUGUAUAAACAGCAAAGGACAAAGUUUAUUUAAGCGAUUUGUUAGUUAGUUUCCCAAUGUCAUAGUGCGUACUACCAUUUUUUGUAGUGUGGCUUGAGGGUUUUAAAUUGAAAUGGGUUUUAAUAGAAUAACGCCUAGCAGUUGCUAAACAAUAUUUUUUUGUUUUUAGUCAAAUAAGGUAAAUGUGAAACAGAUUUUAAAAUAUCGUUCAACUCUGUGUGUAUUUCAGACUCAAAAUGUUAAGUGUAUAAAUGUAUAUGAGUGUGCCAAAAAAACCAAAAAAACAAAAAAUAUAUUACAGAAGUAAAGCAAGCUAACCAGAAACAGAAAUCACUAAAUACUCACCAUAAAAAAACUAAUAUACUAAGAAGUAAAGUAAGAUUCAUUUGAGAACCAUAGCUUCCACCGAUCCAAUUGAUAUUUAAAGCAAGAGCCAGAGCCAGAGCCAGAACACCCGUCGCUUUAGAGCCUCGUCUCUAUUGUUUUUUGGCCCAAACACCCCCUCACCGCCCUAGGCAAUUAGGCUUAAAUACUUUUUAAAUGCAUUUUGAUUGUAGGUAAUUGAGCGCGUGAAUGGUCAUUUUGUUUGUUGUUUGCCAUCAUCCUAUUUGUUAUUUGUUAUUUGUUGAUUGUUAUUUGUUGAUUGUUUUUCCUGCUUUGCGACAUUCGAAUUUCGAAUUUCGAAAUUGGAUGGCUGUCAAGCGAGCCGAGCUCAUUUCAAAGUGUUCUUGUUCAUUUAUCCCUUCGUCCUUGCAAGCUCCCUCUUCCUAUGUUUUAUCAAAAAAUUAAAUUCAACAAAUAAUAUAUGUAUAUGUGUGUGGAUUAAAUUUAAAGAGCCAGCCAGCCAGCCGAUUGCCCACAGAGUGGGCACGGUUGUUAGUGGCAUUUGUUAAUUUUUGUGCCAUAUUCAAUUUGUGGCAUUCAAUUAAAAUAGUGAAAUUAAACCAGAUAGGCUAGUCAUUACUCGUACAGACCCACACAAAAAUAUUAAUAUAAUAUAUAUGUGUAUACAAAACCAUACAUGCAGGAGACAUGGCUUUAAAUAUAUAUUAUACAUAUAUGGGUUGUGGCCCUGCCGAGACAAAAAAAAACGAAAAUCAAGAGAAAAAAAUCAUAAACAAGAUCGGGCAGUAACUAAUUGCGAAGCUACAACUUGUGUCAUAGUCUAAGCCAAUUCAGAUAUAUGUCUAUGUAGUUAAUAAAUAAAA